AACGUCACUUGAGAGUUUACUUGUGUUGACUGUUGACGAUGGUGCCGUAAAUAUUGUAAUUAAUUAUACGAAAAAAAUUAAAUUACGAACGAAUUAGCUGUUAAGUUUUCGCCUAUCGUUAGUUAACAGUUCAAUAAAAUUGGAUAUAAUUCAGAGAAGGCCGGUUUGCAUUUAUUAAAAGUUUAAUAUAUGAAAACAUUGUCCGACACGUGACAAACUUUGAAAUUGUAAACAAGUGGUUUUUGAUUGAAUUAAAUUGAAAUGUCGGAGAGCAACGUACUUGUGAUCGGUAAUGGUGGUCGGGAGCAUGCUUUGUGCUGGAAACUAUCCGAUUCACCCUUCGUUAAGAACAUUUAUUGCGCUCCUGGAAGUGUGGGUAUAUCUACUACAAAUAAAGUCGAGAGUGUCGACUUGAACAUCAAGGAUUAUCCAGCUUUAGCAGAAUGGUGCAGGGAGAAGAAGAUAGAUCUGGUUGUUGUUGGUCCAGAAGACCCACUAGCCGAUGGUAUCGUCGACGAGCUGACAGCUCUUGGAGUGCCGUGCUUCGGGCCCACAAAGGCUGGUGCUCAGAUUGAGGCUAAUAAGGACUGGUCAAAGACAUUCAUGAACAAAUAUCAGCUGCCGACUGCGAGGCAUAAGUCAUUCACUGAUGCUGUGGCUGCGAAGGAGUUUAUUAACAACGCACCAUACCCAGCCCUGGUAGUGAAGGCAUCAGGGCUGGCCGGUGGAAAGGGAGUGGUGGUAGCCGCUACCAAGGAGGAGGCCUGCCAUGCGGUCGAUGAGAUAUUGUCCGAGGCGAAGUAUGGGGGAGCUGGUGAGACGAUAGUUGUUGAGGAGUUGCUGGAGGGAGAUGAGGUUUCGGUGCUGGCGUUCACCGACGGUGAGACAGUGUCAGUGAUGCCACCAGCGCAGGACCACAAGAGGAUAGGCGACGGCGACACGGGCCCCAAUACGGGCGGCAUGGGCGCUUACUGUCCCUGCCCCCUGAUCACUUCCGACCAGUUUGCUGACGUCAAGGACACGGUGUUGCAAAGGGCUGUGGAUGGUUUGAAGGCUGAGGGGAUCAAAUAUGUCGGUGUUCUGUAUGCUGGUCUGAUGGUGACGAAAGCUGGCCCCAUGGUUCUGGAGUUCAACUGUCGUUUCGGAGACCCAGAAACUCAAGUGCUGAUGACUUUGCUCGAGUCUGAUUUGUACAAAGUUAUGAAGGCCUGUGUAGACGGAACCUUGAAACAAAUGCAGCUGGCAUGGAACACAAAACUGUCUUCGGUUGGCGUUGUCAUCGCUUCCAAAGGUUAUCCGGAAACCUCGACUAAAGGAUGCGUCAUCAGUGGUCUCUCCCAAGUGGCCAAUAUGCCAGGGCUGGUAGUUUUCCACAGCGGCGUGGCCCGCGGUGCUAACGGCACCCUAGUCACUUGGGGAGGCCGUGUUGUCCUCGUGUGUGCCAGGGCUCCUUCCCUAAGGGCCGCGGCCGCAGCUGCGACCGCUGCAGCCUCAGUUAUUGACUUCCCUGGAGCUCAAUACAGGAAGGAUAUUGCUCAUCGCGCGUUUUCCAAACUCAACGGCCUAUCCUAUCUCCAAAGCGGCGUGGACAUAGACGCAGCGGCCACAUUAGUGCGGCAAAUUGAACCUCUGGCCACCGCCACCCAUAGAAGAGGAGUACUGGGUAGAUUGGGGUGCUACAGUGGGCUGUUUCAACUGUCUGCCAUGGACCCUAGCCUCAAAGAUCCAGUUUUAGUUCAGGGUACGGAUGGAGUCGGAACUAAGCUCAAGAUAGCAGAAAUAAUGCAAAAAUACGACACCCUCGGCCAGGACCUAGUGGCCAUGUGCGUGAACGACAUCUUGUGCGCCGGCGCAGAGCCGUUCGCGUUUCUGGACUACAUGGCGUGCGGGAGACUGCAGGUGGACGUGGCCACCACGAUCGUGAAGGGGAUAGCUGAUGCGUGUAUCAUGUCGGGCUGCGCUUUGUUGGGUGGCGAAACGGCAGAAAUGCCGUCAAUGUACGACAUAGGAAAAUACGACUUAGCUGGCUUCGCUGUAGGCGUUGUGGACAAUUCUAAACAACUGCCUUUGAUCAGCAAGAUCCAAGCUGGCGAUGUUGUGUUAGCUUUGCCGUCCACUGGCGUGCAUAGUAACGGAUACAGUUUGGUCCAGAAAAUCAUGGCUGAGAGUCAUUGCAAGUAUACAGAAAAAGCUCCGUUCAGCACUACAAACAAAUCAUACGGCGAAGAGUUCCUGGCACCCACAGGCAUCUACGUAAACGCUUUACUUCCCGCCAUCAAGCAGGAACUAGUUAAAGGACUAGCGCAUAUAACCGGUGGGGGACUUUUGGAGAAUAUACCAAGGAUUCUACCCCCUGGUGUUAGAGUGAAAUUGGACGCUACUAAGUUCAACAUUAAGCCUAUUUUCGGGUGGCUUCAGGCUACAGGAAUGGUGUCGGACUUCGAAAUGCUGCGUACAUUCAACUGCGGUGUGGGUAUGGUAGUGAUAGUGGAGCCAGGACUUGUUGACAAGGUGCUAGAAGCUAUUGACGGGGAGAUCGCUGUCGUUGGUGUUGUCGAGGAUUUGGGCAAAGAAGGAGGUCAUCAAGUGGUUGUGGACAAGUUCCAAGAAGCGAUGGCUCCGCUCACAGCCCCGUACAGCAGACAAGCCCCGGGCAACAAAUCAUUGUCGUACAAGGACAGCGGCGUCGACAUCGAGGCCGGGGACUCUCUGGUCUCACUCAUCAAACCACUCGCCAGAUCUACAACUCGUUCCGGUGUUUUGGGGGGACUCGGGGGCUUCGGCGGUUGCUUCCAAUUGAAAGCUGUAGAGGAAGAAUAUAAGGACCCAGUCCUAGUCCUGGCCGCCGAUGGCGUUGGCACCAAACUAAAAAUCGCUCAGAAGAUCAACCAGCAUUCUACAAUUGGUAUCGAUUUAGUCGCGAUGUGUGUCAACGAUAUUCUGUGCAACGGAGCGGCGCCUGUCACAUUCCUGGAUUACUUCGCGUGCGGCGCUCUUGAUGUGAAUGUGGCGAGGAAUGUUGUUUCUGGAGUGGCCGAGGGCUGUAGGCAAGCGAGCGCUGCUUUGAUUGGUGGAGAGACAGCAGAAAUGCCCGGGAUGUAUGAGCCGGGAGUGUAUGACGUCGCUGGGUUCGCGCUGGGCGUCGUCGAGCGCUCACACAUACUGCCCAAGAUCAACGACAUCACUGUGGGUGACAUAAUCAUCGGUCUCCCUUCAAAUGGUGUGCACAGCAACGGGUUCAGUUUGAUCCACAAACUUAUGAAGAAGUCCAACCUCACGUUGUCUGACAGAGCGCCUUUCAGCAAAGAGGGACUUACUUUGGGCGAGGAGCUAAUCAAACCGACACGCAUCUACGUCCGUAGUGUGCUGCCAGCCUUACAGAGCGGCAGAGUAAAGGCGGUCGCACACAUAACCGGCGGCGGCUUGACCGAGAAUAUACCCCGUGUGAUCCCGCCUUCUGUUCGUGCGAGAUUGAACGCCCAUUGGUGGAACGUUCAUCCGGUGUUCGCGUGGAUCGCGGACGCAGGUUCAGUGAAGGACGAUGAAAUGCUGCGGACCUUCAACUGCGGCAUCGGCAUGGUGCUCAUCGUGGCUCCUGAAGACCAAGCCUAUGUAAUGAACAGCACUCGAGCCCACGGCGCGAUGGUGAUCGGCAGCGUGCAGGCGCGGCCGGCGGGCGGCGCUAGGGUGGUCGUGGACAACUUCCCCUCCGCCAUCGACUUCACCCGGCGCAUGCCCCUCUUGCCUAGGAAAAAGGUGGCAGUCCUAGUGUCAGGCAACGGCAGUAACCUCCAAUCGCUGAUCGACCACACGCGCGACCCCUUACAAUGCAUGUGCAGUGAAAUAUCCCUUGUGAUCAGUAACAAGAAGGACGCUUAUGCCUUGACCAGGGCCGAGAAAGCUGGAAUACCUAGCCUGGUGUUCAAUCACAAAGACUACGCGUCUCGCGAGGAAUUCGACCGCGCGAUCACGGCCGCACUCGACGCGCACAAAAUUGAUAUCGUGUGUCUCGCCGGCUACAUGAGGAUAUUGUCGACUGAGUUUGUUCAGAGAUGGAAAGGUCGGUUGCUCAACAUCCACCCGUCGCUGUUGCCCAGACACCCCGGGCUCAAUGCGCAGAAACAAUGUCUGGAGGCUGGAGACAGGGAGAGUGGGUGUACUGUACAUUUUGUUGACGAGGGCGUGGACACGGGCCCGGCCAUCCUGCAGGAGCGCGUGCCCGUGUUCGCGCGCGACUCCGAGCGCGCGCUGGCGGAGCGCAUCCUGCAAGCGGAGCACCGCGCCUUCCCUCGCGCCUUGCGCUUGAUCGCGACCGGCCGCUGCCGGCUCAGCCAGGGCAACAUCAUGUUCUCAUCUUAACGCUGUAUAUAUAUAUUUCAUAUAAUUAUAUGUCUGAUUCGACGCGACCAUGUCCAAUUUUCUUUAUGUUAUUAAUCAUGGACAGGGAAAAAUGGAGACUUAUAUAUAAAUGUUUAUCCUAAUUUUGUAAAUGUGAAAGUUUGUCUGUUAUAUCUGAAGGCAUAAUGUACAUUAUAUGUAGGUACGUCUGACGAACGCCAUAUUAUGGUAUAAUAU